GAGGUUUUUUGCUUCUGAUAAUUUUAAUGGAUGCUUGCCUUGUAUGUAAUUGUGGUUAUUUGUUUGUUGUUUUUUUCUGUUUAGAGGGUUUAUGGUGUUUGUUGAUGCCUAGGGUUUAAUGAGCGUGUUGACAAUUUUCAUGGGCGGCAAGUGAGUAGAAUAAUUCUUUCAAGCUAAACCUAGCGCCCCUUACAAUGCAAACUAGAGGUUUUUAAAUUGUGAUGUCAUUUGCUGCCAUAGAUUAUUGUUGGGGCGGUAAUAUGCUCUGAAACGAGUUUCUGGCAAUGGUUUAUGUGUUUAUCCAAUGGUUAUGUUUUGUGAUGGACAGUGUAUGUUAGAAUAGAAUAUUUUAUAGUUAAUUCGAAUUUAGUCAAAGGCAGAUGAUGAUAUACUUGUUUAGAGUGAUUAGUAUUCUUUUAUAAUGAUAUAUGAAAAGUGUUAGAUGUUCCGUACCCAGAAAGUAAACAAGGGUUCUUGGAAAAAGAAAAUAAGGGUUAGAAAAAAUGUGCAAGCCGGUUUAUUUUUAAUAUUAACUAUCAAAUUUAUGCCCAAUAUUUACGCUCAAAAAGUCUAAUUUGACUUGGCCUUAGAGAUACCUUAUGGGGUUGAACAUUUCGUUGAAAGAAAUGUGUUGAUGUGCCUCACGAAAGAGUCGUUUUGUUUGCCUUUGAUUUAGUAAAAAAAAAAAAACUCCCUCCCAGGUUAUAGUAAUCAACCGUCCUUGACUUAUGCAAUUGAAUUACUAAUUGCUAUUAGUUUCAAAAAUCGUAAACUCAAAACAUUUUUCCUUUCUGUUUAUUUGAUUUUAAUUUUCUCAUUUUAUGCAUAAUGCUAUUAGGAAUUCAUAUUUCUUCAAAUUUUUUCAACUGUAUACCGAUCUAUUUUGCUAAACAAACUUGGCAAUAAGAGCUUGAUCAUUAACAAUUGAACUUUUUAAGGAAAAACAAAGGGAUGGAAUAAAUCUCAGUUUGUUUAAGUAUUAUAAAAAGGUAAAAUUUUUUGGUUUAUUUUUUAUUUAUCACUAAAAUGACAAUCUUCAAAAUCGGCUGAGUGUAAUGGGCCGGUUUGAGAAACCAAUAGCAUACAGGCCCUCAAUAAAUAUUUACUUUGUAGAUCGGCCCGGAAUGUUAGUUAAGUGGAUUUCACCGGUUUGCACUUGGUGCCCGCCUGCAAUUUCCAAUCAAUGAAGACGAAGUUGAUAUCCAUGUAAAUGUUGGCGACUCCUUUAACAGGUUUCGUUUCAUUAACCAAUCCUUUGUUUUUGUUAUGCUCUUAUUCUCCUUCGUGUUGAUUUUGGUUUUGUCAAUCUUUGUAAUUAUUAAGUGAUACCCACUCACUGCAAUUUCGAAUUAGGGUUUGGUAAAUUCCAUUUUUUCAUCAUGGCAUUGCUUUCAGUAAACUAAUGUCAGGGUUUAGGGUUCUUUUAUCUAUUAUGAGAAUUAGGAAAUCUUUAAAUGCUUAGUUGUUUAUAUUUGGGGCUUCUACCUUUUGGUUUGCAGGAGAGAUUGAGAGGAAAGAGAUUGCAAUGCAUGGAUUGAAGAGUGCCCAUGGUGAACCAUGGGUGUUUAUUGAAGUUCCCUUCUUGCAAUCUAACCAUAUAAUUGGUCUUUCUUUCUCGAAGAUUCUAGAUUGGUGCUUUCAGUUUUUGAUUCAUCUAAUCAUUGUACUAAACCAUUGAUGCAAUCUUUUGAUUGUCAUGAUUAGUUUGGGACUUUUUUUAUUUAGUUUUUGGUGGUGGGGAGAUGGGGUGAUUGAGUCCAUGUUAAAUGUUCUUAAAACUUUUUAAUUGUGGUGCAAAGUUCGGGCACAUGAUGUUUUUACGCUUGAUCUCUGAACUUCAGGUAAGAAAAAUGGGUAAAUCAAAGAAUAUUAAUGUGAAUAAAAGGGAUGUGUUAAAGUGGACACAGCCUAUGGAUGAUAUCCUCAUUGAUGCUCUCUUGCACCAGCAGAGCUUGGGAAACAGGGUUGAUAAGGUUUUCACUACAAUGGCAUAUGAGAAUAUGGUGAAUGAAUUGCAUCAAAAGAUUGGGAUACCAAUUGAGAAAGGUCACCUGAAAAAUCGUAUAAAAACUCUGAAGCAUAAUUUUUAUGAGUGUUAUGACCUUUUCAAGGGCAGAAGUGGUUUUGCUUGGAGUCCAGACACUAAAAUGUGGACUGCUAAGCCUGAAUUGUGGAAGUCAAAACCUGAUUCAAAAAAAUGGAUGACUACAAGAAUUGCUAAUUACGAUAAAUUGUUGAUGCUUUUUGCUAAAGAUAGAGAAAAGAAGGAUGGAGCUAAAGGGGGUCAAUGGGCCAGCUCAAUUGGCGGAGGAUUGUUUGAUUGUAUUCCUUUGCAAGAUGUACUUGGUCUAACUAUGGAGGAGAAUGACAUGAAUGAUACCAGUCAAACUGAUUCUCAGGCACCAUCCCAGUCUGCAACAUCAUUGAAAGGGAAAAAACGUAAGGCCCCGAGAAUUGAAUUACUUGAGAGAGAGCUUAAAAGCAUAAGGGAAGCAAUUAAAGAUGUUGCAGAUGCAAUUAGGGAGGGGAAUCUUAUAGCAGAGAGAGGACGACCACGUGUUUACACAGAGCAGGAAGUUUUUGCAGAAUUAGUUAACAUAGGUAUUGAUACACAGUUGCGCUAUAAGGCUUACGCUUUCCUCAUUGCAAAUGCGGGGAGGGUGAGAGCCUUGUUUGGUUGCCCAGCUGAGGAGCGCAAGGAAUUUUUAUUGCAGAUGAUGUAUAGUUCGGAGGACUCAGCAUAUUAAAAUUUAUUUGCUAGUUAGGGCACUAUGGUUUCUUUUUUUUUUUUUUUUUUCCCACCUUGGAGAAGAUGGUUAUUAGGUGAUGAGAAAAGGAAGGGAUUGUACAUGAGAUUUUAGAUAAUUUAUCAUUUAAUAAUAUUCAGAUAGCCCCUUUUUUUGGGUAUUGUUGGACUUUUCUCUUUUGGGAAUGUUACCUGGAAAUCAGUAUGAUAAUAAUAGUGUACUUCGGAUAUGAUUUACCUGCUACAUGGGAUG